AGCCAUCAAAAUUAGGGKUUUUAAGGUUAGGUUUACAUUCUUUAACAAAUAGAACUGUGACGCAAGUGAUAUCUCCAACGAAGGUUUUGUUCCGGUGAUAGUUUCAGGUAAUUCAUGGUUAAGCAUAACAAUGUUGUKCCCAAUGGGCACUUCAAAAAGCAUUGGCAGAAUUAUGUCAAAACAUGGUUUAACCAACCAGCACGCAAGACAAGAAGACGAAUUGCUAGGCAGAAAAAGGCUGUGAAGAUUUUCCCACGACCUACAGCUGGACCACUUCGUCCUAUUGUUCAUGGUCAAACUCUGAAGUACAAUAUGAAGGUUAGAGCUGGCAGGGGAUUUUCUCUUGAAGAGCUUAAGGCGGCAGGGAUUCCAAAGAAGCUUGCCCCAACCAUUGGUAUUGCAGUUGAUCACCGCCGCAAGAACCGUUCCUUGGAGGGUCUACAAGCUAAUGUUCAGAGGCUGAAGACUUACAAGGCUAAAUUAGUUGUUUUUCCAAGACGUGCCCGCAAGUUUAAGGCGGGUGAUUCUAGUGCCGAGGAACUAGCAACUGCUACUCAGGUCCAAGGUGCAUACAUGCCCAUUGAACGUGAGAAGCCAUCUAUUGAGCUCGUGAAGGUUACAGAUGAGAUGAAAUCAUUCAAAGCCUAUGCCAAGCUGCGUGUUGAGAGGAUGAACACGCGUCAGGUUGGUGCAAGAAUGAAGAAGGCUGCAGAGGCAGAAAAGGAAGACAAGAAGUAGUCAGUUGGGACUGGUCAUCCUUUACAUCUAUUGAGGUGGAGUUAUCAAAUUUUGUUUUGGUAUUUCUGAUAAGCCAACUUAUUUUGAUUUAGCAAACCUUUUCAGAUCAUUUCAAAAUACAUGUUUUGCAGAUCUAUUGAAACUAUCAAGUUGAAUUCAUUUUUGUGGAUUGUGUUUUGAGAAAUAGUUCUUAAUAUAGGAUUCCUAAUACCUAGGUGUGGAGAAAAUCUUAUUUAGCAUAA